AUGAACAAGACUUGUGCGUCUGUCUUUGCUGACGUAUCACGGUUUUGGAACACCUCAGAUCCACGCAACUACUAUUGUGGCGACCUUGUACGCAACUCCUGCGACGGACUCUGUCAGGACAGCAGCACCGGGGCCAGAGAUUUCAUGAAUUGGAAUACUCAUGUUUGCAGGGACUAUCUGAACACUUACAAUCCUCUGAACCACAAGCAAGAGUUCUACCGGCACUGGACAGACUUAGACUCUCUAAGUGAUCUCGCCUAUCAGGGACUGUUCCCGUGGAAGUGGCAAGUACGAAAUGAGACGCGCAGCACCAACAACAGCACUACCACUCAGACUGACUGCGCGUCGACUCCGGCGGAACUCGGAUCAUUUGCGGCCAUCAAUGUCAUCGUCCUGCUGGUAUCUAUUCUUUUGAGUCGACGAACAUUCGUUGAGCGCAUUACCUUUGGCCGAUGUGGGAAAGCAGGGUCGAGCAUGUGGAUAUUGACCGGGUUUCUCAGCUUCAUACUCAGCGUGGCCGCAAAUUUCGUCAACGCGCUGCUCCUAAACCAUACACCGGGCUAUGGACACGUUCCCAUCGGCAGCCUCGUCCUGCUCUGGUCUACUCGACCACGAAUGGCUUGGAUAAUGAUACUCCUCGUCAAUGUCCAGAGUGAAGAUAGUGAGUACCUGGGAUCUGCGGCGUCAGCAGCUCUAUCCGAAACAUUGCAACAGCUAGUUGGGCUCACAUAUGUUGGAAAAACUGCAAACUACGCACGCGUCAACGGCUUGUUCUCUACUAGUAGGCUUGCCCAUAUUCCUCAUGCCUACCACGCAACACUCAUGUACCGUGGAUCGGUAUUGGUCCUUGUCUCAGUCGGCUUCGCCUUGAUCUCACUGUUGGUCAUCAUGCGAAAGAUGAGGAACCAGAUUUUCAGUAUGCUCGGAUUCGGAAAGAAGAAGGAUGUGUCCGGGCAGCAAAAUGAGAUGUUGCUGUCCGACUACUCCUCCUCCUCAAGGCAGCAAUCAUCGUUGCCGAAGACUUUGCAGAAGAUGCAUCUGGAACAAGACCACAUCGGCCUCGUCUACCGAAUGGCAAUCUAUAUGGUUCCGCUUUUCAUUGGACAAUGGCUCUUUUGGGCUGGUUUCGUCAACUUGUCAGGGGAUCUCUAUUGUCCUCCGAGUAUUUGGAGGAUGAUGGGAGUUUGGAGUGGUUUUUCGUCGCUCGGCUUGCUCUUCGGUGCUGCAGGCUAA